GCUCAAUUUAUGGCAUUUCCUGCCGUUUGGCCACGCCUAUAACCCCGCCCUCUGCUCCUUUUAUGGCCUCUCCGCGCCUUGGCCACGCCCAUCCCUGUACAACUCCAUUUUUGGUAGUGACCACACCCAUCUCCCAUACCCGCCACGCCCAGGCCCCGCCUCUUCCUGCCGGCGCAGGCGUUGUGCGUCAGAGCGCGAUGGCGGCGCCGGGGGUGUCGAAGGCCGAGUACCUGCGGCGGUACCUGAGCGGCCCCGCCGAGCCCGCCCAGCCCCGCCGCCGCCGCAAGAAGAAGCCGCCGGGCGGCACCGCCAGAGGCGGGAUGCGGAUCGUGGAUGACGAUGUGAGCUGGAGCAGCAUCGCCGCCGCCCCGGAGAAGGAGGAGGAGGAGGAGGACGAAGGGGACAUGCCCGUGGUGGCAGAGUUCAUCGAUGAGCGCCCCGAGGAGGUGAAGCUCAUGGAGGAAUUCCGAACAAACUCCAAAUGGAAGCUCCUAGGAGACGAGGACUCGCAGAGUUCGGAUAUUUCGGGACCUGCCAAGUCUGCCACGAGGCGGCGGCGCCACGGCUCCCCCGAGGCCUCGGGCCCGGCCGGGAAGCACAACGGCUCCUUGGAGCUCAGUCCUCCGAGACGGCGGCGUCACGACACGCCAGACGUGUCCCCUCCCCGGAGACAGCGUCACGACACCCCUGACAUGUCACCUCCCAGGAGACAGCGUCACGACACCCCUGACAUGUCACCUCCCAGGAGACAGCGUCACGACACCCCUGACAUGUCACCUCCCAGGAGACAGCGUCAUGAUACCCCAGAUCUGUCACCUCCCAGGAGACAACGUCAUGAUAGCCCUGACCCAUCCCCUCCCCGGAGACAACGUCAUGACACCCCAGAUCUGUCACCUCCCAGGAGACAGCGUCACGACACCCCUGACAUGUCACCUCCCCGGAGACAGCGUCAUGAUAGCCCUGACCCAUCCCCUCCCCGGAGACAGCGUCAUGACACCCCAGAUCUGUCACCUCCCCGGAGACAGCGUCACGACACACCAGACUUGUCACCUCCCCGGAGACAACGUCAUGAUACCCCUGACAUGUCACCUCCCAGGAGACAGCGUCACGACACGCCAGAUCUGUCCCCUCCCAAAAGGCAGCGUCGUGACUCCCCAGAUCUGUGCCCUCCCCGGCGGCGGCAGCGUCACGAUACCCCCGACCCCUCACCUCCCAGGCGACAGCGUCACGACACACCAGACUUGUCACCUCCCAGGAGACGACGGCCUGGCACCCCAGAUCUGUCACCUCCCCGGCGGCGGCAGCGUCACGACACCCCUGACCCAUCCCCUCCCAGGAGACAGCGUCACGACACCCCAGAUCUGUCCCCUCCCAGGAGACAGCGUCACGACACCCCAGAUCUGUCCCCUCCCAGGAGACAGCGUCAUGACACCCCAGAUCUGUCCCCUCCCCGGCGGCAGCGUCAGGAUUUGUCACCUCGGAGAGAGAAGCCGGGGUCCCCGAGUGGGAAGAAGAGCCAAACGAAAGGACGGACCCCGCCCGCCCAGAAGGACCAGCACAGGUCACGGAGCCCCCCGGGGCACUCCCCGCGUCGCCAGGAUGCCAAGGGCUCUCCCAAGAAGGCCAGCACGAUGGCAUCCGGGGGCAGAGCCGGCCUGGUGUCGGCCGAUGUGCUGCAGAGGGAGAAGCAGGAGCUCCGCAAGCACAACAGGAGCACCAGGCACCUGGAAGAGGAAUCCCGGAACGCUCAGACCGUGUUCCGAGACAAGUCCGGCCGCAAGAGGAACCUGGCCCAGGAGCAGCUGGAGCAGAGGCUGAAGGCUGAGGCAGAGGCCAAGAGAGAAGAGCAAUAUGCCAAGUGGGGAAAAGGGCUGGCGCAGGAGAGGCAGCAGCAGCAGAACGUGGAGGAUGCAGUCAAGGAGAUGCAGAAGCCCUUGGCCCGGUACAUCGAUGACCAGGACCUGGAUCGAAUGCUGAGGGAACAGGAGAGGGAAGGAGACCCCAUGGCCGCUCUCAUCAAGAAGAGGAAGGCCAAGGAGAACAAGGAGAAAGAAAAACCCAGGUACAAGGGACCAGCACCUCCACUCAACAGGUUUAACAUCUGGCCCGGGCAUCGCUGGGACGGUGUGGACAGGUCCAACGGCUUCGAGCAGCAGCGCUUCGCCCGCAUUGCCAACAAGAAGGCGGUGCAGGAGCUCGCCUACAAGUGGAGCGUGGAGGACAUGUAGGGCAGAGCUCCUGCAGUGCCCCACAGGCAGCACCCUCUGCCAGAGCCCCGAGGAAUGGCCUGUCCUCCCUGGAACAAGCCCCGUGCUCGGAUUCAGCAGCCCACUGGACCAUCGUCCGAGAGGCAAGGCUGGCUUUUCCCAGCAGCCAGAGCCUCCAGCUCUCUGGGGAGGACGCCGCUUUCUUGUUUGUUUUCUAACAAACUUCUGUUCUACACCAAAUGCUUUGACCUCUGAGGGCAGUUCCUAAGACUUCAGGUGUCCUAAAUCUCAGGUGAAAAUCUGCUGAAUGCUUGGGCUUGGGCUAGCUACCCUCAUGCAGUUGGUCAGUCUGCUCCAGAACUCAGGUUAAGUGGAACUUCUGAACUUUUGUCAAGCUUAUGCAGUUAUUUUGCCACGUAGAUCCCAGAGUCACCAACGUGCAGGAAAGUUCAAACUCGGCUUCUCCUGACUUUGUCCAAACAAGAAACUGAGCAGGGAAUGCUCUGGCACAGGAGGAGUGACCUGCAGUGCUGCACUGGGCAGCAAGAUCUUCAGGAGCCUCAGCAAUUCUUCAGGGCUCUGUUUCUAGUGGAAGUAAAUGUGUGGAGAAUUAGGACUUAAGGCCUGGAAUUGCUUCCCUCCUAGUUUGGAGCAGCUGGUCCCCCCAGACCCCUCUGGAUUUGGGGCUGAUCUCGGCACUUGGCUCGCUCCGGUGGGAGGUGUAACAACCCUUCUCCUGUGGUCAGAUUUGUCAGUCUCAGAGCUGGAGGCCGGGCAGAGCUUCCCUUAAUCCCCUGUGUGCCAGAAAAAGCACUUGUGGAAAUAAAUGCAGUUGUUCUUGCUGAGGUCCCGGGGAGCAGGGAUGAAAUGCAGGCAGCAGUUUCCAUGGAGAUGCCAGGGCUGCAGCAGCGGGCAGGGGCAGGGCAGGAUCGCUCUUUUCAGGGAUUCUCCAGCACUGGGAGGGCCGUGGGUGGGAGGGACAGCAGCACAGUCUGCUCUGGAGUGCCAGACUCUUGGGACUUCCCUGUUUUUCAUCCCUGUGUCACAUUUGCAGCGGCCCUGGAAUUGGUGUGUUCACCUGUAAAUAAAACCUUUCUUUUUUUACUCGA